AUGAAGCCUAUCAUCGCCAUCCCGGCCAUCCUGGCCCUCCUAUAUCGUGCCUGGUCACGCAAAUCAUUGACCCCGCUUGGCCUGGUCGCUGCAGGACUAACCGCCAGUGCGCACGCCGUUCAUCCCUGGUCAGUUCCGUUCGCCUUGCUGGGGGUGUUCUAUCUGGGAGGGACGAAGGUAACGAAGGUAAAACAUGACGUCAAAGCUCGUCUCACGCUCGCCGCGUCUGGCUCGGAUGGCGGCGAGGGCCAACGCACUCAUAUCCAGGUGCUUGCCAAUUCCAUCGUGGCUUCUGUGCUCAUCCUCCUUCAUACCCGCGCGCUUGCUGUCUCCGGCCUCGAUACCGGCUGCUUCUCGAAUGGUGGCCAUGCGGCGGAUCUACUGGUUGUCGGAAUCGUAGCUAACUACGCUGCCGUAGCCGCCGACACCUUCUCCUCCGAACUCGGCAUCCUCUCCAAGUCGAAGCCGCGCCUCAUCACCUCUCCGACUCUUCGGUCCGUCCCCCGGGGUACCAACGGCGGUGUGACGGUGACGGGUCUCCUAGCCGGUGCGUUGGGAGCGUUCACCGUCGCGGCUACAUCAGCAUGGCUACUUCCGUUCUGCUCGUCGAGCACCGACGCCUCGGAAUGGAAUCUGAUCUCGAGAGCGCAGUGGAUUCUGGGUUUCACGGCGUGGGGCACGCUUGGAAGCGUGUUGGAUAGUUUCCUGGGCGGGAUGUUGCAGGCUAGUGUUGUUGAUAAGAGAACGGGGAAAGUGGUUGAGGGGACGGGUGGGACGAAGGUCCUUAUCACGCCCAGCGGAGUGCCUGGUACUUCUGCUACUAGCUCCGCAACAGAAACAGAGACCGCGCGGCACCGGAAAUCAACAAUCGAGGAUGCUAAGCCCACUAAUUCGCGCCAGGAAAGCCGUCGUGUCGAAAGCGGAUGGGAUAUCCUAGACAACAACGCCGUGAACGUGCUCAUGGCUGCGAUCAUGAGUGUGGGCGGCAUGGGUGUUGCCAGUUGGGUGUGGGGACUGUCGGUGGGAGAUAUUAGGUUUUGA